GGUAUCCUUAUAAAAUGAAUUUAAUUAUCAUUAAUUAAUGAGUUAAUAAUCUUUUUCAAUGAAAUUUUCGAAUUUUGUUGCUGCCGCAUAAUUUUUUGAAUUAACAAUUUUAAAUUGCUGACUUUUAAAACGCUGACUAAAAAUUUUAAUUAAUUAAACCAAAUUAUAACCUAUCAAUUAUUCAUGGAACGUUGAUACAAAAAGAAAAGAUCAACGACAAUCUCAUCGCCAGAUUUUCGAUACAUCAUUAAAUUAUAUUACAUGAAAAAAGAAAAUAUUGCUCCUCGAACGAUCUAAAGUAUAGUAACUCGUAGAUCGUUACCACAACAAUACGUAUGCUUAUGGUAACAAUACCGUAUCGUUUCAGUAACUAUCUAUUAGAUAGCUGUGAGCCCUAUACGACUUUCCGUAGUCGUCACCUCACACGGCACCGUCUAACCUAACUAAACAUCCAUUUUCGCGCAAAGUUAUGAAUAUUGUACAAUUGUUGCUAGCAGAUGUUUAAUAAAAAUAAUGAUAAAGGUUUUUAAAUAUCUCAUAUAAUUUUCAAUGUGCGUGACGUCAGAUAGGGCUCAGAACGAUACCGUAUAGAUCUCAGAGCUAUCCACCGUAUUGGUGUCAGAACGAUACAGUAGAUCGUUGCAGUAACAAUCUAGUAGAUAACUAUAGCGUAUUGUGACUGUAACUAUACUGUACACUUCUGAGAACAAUAUUUUUUUCUCCGUGUACAAUUGAAAUGAGAACUAGAAGGGCCAAUAAAAAGUUGCCGCCUGAAAUGGCGGCAACGGAAGAACCGCCAAGUAAAAAAACUAAAUAUUCCAAACUCCGUAAUAAAAUACCGGAAGAAGAAAUGGAUGUUGACAUUGAUCCAGAAUUAACUCUUCCUGUUGCGAUUAAAAACGAAGACAUCAAAGCAAUUGACUAUUUAUUGAAUAAAAAAAUUGACGUUAACAUUCAUCAAGAAUCUUCUCCACCAGCUCUUCAUUUAGCCGUCGAAACAAAAAACUUGGAGAUAAUCAAUAAGUUAAUUGACCAUAAAGCCGACAUUGGCAUUAUUUAUGAAAACAAAACAGCUUUGCAUCUUGCUGUUGAACAAGGGAACAAAGCAGUGGUCGAAAUACUUCUGAAAACUAAAAAGAAUAAAAGUAAAGUAAACGUAAGAGCUAAAGGUCAUCCGACACCUCUUACUGCGGCAAUCAAGUCCGGUAACUUUGAGAUUUUUCAACUGUUAAUAAACUCUGGAGCGUACAUCAAAAAAAUUAUUCGUGAAGAUACUCCACUGCACUAUACAGCCCAAAAUAAUGCUGUCGAAAUAGCUGAAUAUUUAAUUGACCAAGGAGCUAGAAUUAAUGUAUGCAAAAAAAUUUAUUCGUCAUCAUUUUAUCUUUGCGCACCAUUACACGUCGCCAUUAAUUGUGAAAAAUUUGAAGUGGCUCAAUUACUAAUAAAUAAACAAGCCAGCGUUCACGCUAAGACAAAAAGUGGUGAAAAACCACUAGACUUGGCAAUCAAAAAAGGUAAUGAUCGGAUAUUCAAACUAUUAGUUGACUCCGGAGCUACUGUGGAUUUGUCUUACCGAAGCAUAAAUCGAUCACACUGGGCAGCUUAUCAUAAUUCAUUGGAAAUCGCUCAGUAUUUAUUUUCCAUAGGAGAUGAUAUAAAUUUUAAGUGCUUCUACGCAUGGUCGAACUUUUAUCAGUGUACUCCAUUACAUGUUGCUAUUCAGCAAGGAAAUGUUGAAGUUGCUCAAUUCCUUCUUAGUAAAGGUGCUGAUGUUAACAUUUGUAGAAAAAAUGACGAAACACCGCUUACAAUCGCCAUUGAAAAAAAAAAUUUUAAACUAUUUCAGUUACUGUUAGAUACUGGAGCUGAAAUAAAUGAUUGUCCGAAUAAAAUUUUACCUUUACAUCAAGCUGUCGCUGUAAGUAAUGUCGACGUUACGAAAUUUUUUCUCGAACGUGGAGUUGAUGUUAAUGUAAUAUGUAAAUGUCUAGUAUCUAAAUAUUCAGAUUGCACGCCGCUGCAACUUGCAGUAAGCACAGAAAAUCUGGAAAUCAUAAAUUUAUUACUGAAACAUAAAGCGGAUGUUAAUAUCAGCACUGAAAAAUUAGGAUCACCCAUUGGAAUAGCUGUGGAUCGGAAUAAUUAUGAAUUGUACAAGUUGUUAUUAAAAGCUGGUGCAGAUAUUAAUAAACCUUCGAAUAUGACACUGUUACAUAGAGCUGUCGGUGCAAAUAAUUACUGUAUAGCUAAUGAUUUAAUUAAACGCGGUGCAGAUGUUAAUGCAAUUUGUAAAUGUCCAGUGUCUAAAUAUUCAGAUUGCACGCCGCUGCAUCUUGCAGUAAGCACAGAAAAUUUGGAAAUCACAAAUUUAUUACUGAAACAUAAAGCGGAUGUUAAUAUCAGCACUGAAAAAUUAGGAUCACCCAUUGGAAUAGCUGUGGAUCGGAAUAAUUAUGAGUUGUACGAGUUGUUAUUAAAAGCUGGUGCAGAUAUUAAUAUACCUUCGAAUAUGACACUGUUACAUAGAGCUGUUGGUGCAAAUAAUUACUGUAUAGCUAAUGAUUUAAUUGAACGCGGUGCAGAUGUUAAUGCAAUUAAUCGAUCUCGAACUCCACAGUACUGCGGUUGGUCACCAUUACAAAUUUCAAUUAUGAAUGAGAAUGAAAAAAUCGUAACAUUACUUCUUGAAAAACAGGCAAAAGUUGAUGAUGAAAAGUUUGUUAAAACUCCACUUGGUAUCGCUUGUGAGUGGAGUAAUUUUGAAUUGGUCAAGAUACUUGUCAACGCAGGCGCUGACAUUAAUAAAAUUUCUCACUACGCGAUGCCAUUGUAUUGGGCCGUUGAUAAACAGAACUAUCAAAUCGUUAAAUAUUUAAUUGACCGCAAUGCUCAUGUUAAUAUUAUUUAUAACGGUACAACUUUACUCUAUCGCGCUGUAGAAAGUGGAACUAUAAAAAUAGUUGAGCUUUUGCUUAAAAAUGGUGCCGAAGUAAAUGCAAUUAAUGAUUAUGGUGAAACAUCUCUUACCGUAGCUGUUAAUAAAGAUAAUUUGGAGCUGGUUAAAAUUCUAAUCAAUGCCGGAGCUCAGGUGAAUUUAAGUAAUGACAAAAAUUAUUCACCAUUACACUGGGCCGUUCAGCGUAGCAACUAUAGUACGACUCAAUAUUUAAUCGAACAAGGAGCUGAAAUUAAUAGUAUUCGCUUUGGCAAAACGCCACUGACUAUUGCUUGUGACAAUGGAAGGAAAAAUUUCGUUGAGCUUUUGAUUAAAAGUGGAGCUAUCAUUGAUGAUAAAAGGGUAUACAGGACAGCUCUCGGCAUAGCAUGUGAGCAGGCUAAUUUCGAUUUAGUUGAGUUACUAGUAAACUUUGGAGCGAGUGUUGAUCUUCUUUCUGGUAUUGGGACUCCGUUAUGUUGGGCGGUUAAUUCGAAAAAUUUCAACAUUGUUAAGUAUUUAAUCGAUCACGGAGUUGAAGAUAUUGAUGCUAGUUGGCAUGGUACUACUCCAUUGUACUUAGCAAUUGAAAAUCAAGACCUAAACAUAGUUGAACUCUUACUUGAACACCGAGCUACAGUUAAUAAAGUGGAUACAAUUGGUACAACAGCUAUCGGAUUGGCUAUCAUGACUCGUAAUUUGAAACUAGUCGAAUUGAUAUUACAUGCUGAUGGUACAGAUAUAAAUGCUCCGUGUCACGAUAAUCGGAGGCCAUUAGAAAUUAUAGCGCACGAUCGCAGUGUAGCUUUGAUGAAGCUUUUAAUUAGUCAUCAAGCUAAUAUUGAUUUUAUAACUAAAGAAAACCUGAAAUUCAUUUUUCAUGUUUUACACGUAGGGAAUAUUGAAAUGCUCAAGCUAAUAUUAUCUGAAAAUGUUGACAUUAAUUGCAGAGAUAUUAAUAACGAAACACUCUUAUUUCCUGCUAUUAGACAUAAAUCAUUUGAAAAAACUGAAUUCAUACUUAUGAGAGAAGAUUUUGUCAAUAUUAAUGAUGUCCCCCAGGGCGGGUCUGCGCUUCAUGAAGCUGGUAAAUUCGGAGAACCAAAUCCGUUUAUAUUGAAUCUUUUAUUAAAUGCUGGAGCUGAUGUUAAUCUUGUUAAUAGAGACAAUCAAACGGCUAUAAAUAUAGCAAAUUUGGAGAGUAACAAAAGAAUUAUUAGAGGACACAUAGUAAAAUUGAAGGCCGCUGGUUGGUCUUUAAUUAAUCAAAAUUUAAAGGCAAUCAUCGAAAAAGAAUUGGACGAUUUUUAUAUUGAUUGUUUGAAAGAAAUAGAACUGAUGAAAAAUUUUAAAAUUGAUCAGACUAUCAUGAGUUACUACGAUGUUAUGCGUACUAAUCACCAUGAAAUCGCGGUUAAAUUAAAUAAUUUUAACGAGGGAUCUUUAAAUGAAAAAGAGUUGCAGUUACAAUUCCCUUUGUAUGGUCAGAUGAUUUACUAUCGUUUAUUCAAAAGCUUACAAAGAAAUAAAUUGCUAGGCAUAAGCACUAAUGUAUUUGGUACAUUACUUUCCAGUCAACUUCCGUUCGAUGUUAUAAGAGCAAUUAAUCCUUAUUUAAACAAUAGAGAUCUCAAAAUGUUAUCUCAGUGCUAAAAUUGUAUUUUUUUUUUUCGUUUUUGUUUUUAAUUUAUAAUUCUCCAAAAAAAAAUUUUCAAAAAAUGAAAUAUUCCUUUAUGUAAAACAAUGUGUGUUUUUCUAAAAUGUCAAAUAAACAAAUCAAUUUGAAUCCGACUUUAUAUUUGAUGUAUUAAUUAUGAUAUUUUAUUGAAAUAUAAUAAUAAUAACUCAUUUCAAUGUACAGUUACAUAACGAGACAUCACUCCUUUAUUG